GUCGGACGUCGCCGCGUACGGAUGUUCUCUUAUCUGUUGUUUAUUAUACGCGAGCGAUAGUUUAUCAUCUAAACGCGCGCGUGUUUAUACACUGUGGUGCUUUUAUUUGUUCGAUUACUUUUCUUUUUCAAUAUAUCGAGUUAGAAUCUUUCUUCUAUUCGACGAUAAUAGAUACAAACGUACGAACGAACAAACGAACGAACGUACCUUACGUACCUUACGUACCUUACGUACGAAACGAACGAACGAACGAACGUGACGGAAAGUCAAUGGUGUGUGUGAAACAGAGAGUUUAGUGUGACACAGUGCACGGAUAUGAAUUCUCGAGACGACCGUCAUGCGUCUCCUUCGCCAGCGAAGGAUCCUUCCUGGAGACACGGAUUGAUGCCACGGGAUCGUUUUUACGGUGAAGAGCCACUCGAUCGUCCUAACUUAUCGUCGUGUUCAACUCGAUGAAGAACGAUUGGUCAAGGAAGAAGACGACGGCUCACGACGGUGAGGAGGAUCUGUUUUCUUUCAAAAAGAAAAAAUCAAAAAACAAAAUAAGAACCUAUUAUACUACGACAAACUCGUUCGCGCGCCUUUUUUUUUUAAAUUAACUUCUGCCACCUUACGUCGUCGAGGGAAUAAUUAACUAAAAAAAAAAAAGAAAAAGAAAAGAAAUCUAAAGACAGCGACGUGUGUUCUACGAAAGAAAUAGUGUAUAUUACGAUGUCAAGGAUCUAAGAGUAAAAAUAGUGGGGAAAAAAAAACCCGAUUAAACCGAUUCCUGACGGUUGUGAUUAAAUUCGAAUCUUCUUCUUCUUCUUCUUCUUCUUCUUCUUCGAAUUAUUUUGAAAUCCUAAAUAGAGAAAAGAAAUAAAUAAAUAAAACGUGACACACACAAGUGGUUGGACGCGAGAGGAAGAUAAUCCUCGUAAGUUUUCUCUUAGCGAUUUUCUUCCCAAGGAAAUUGUAGGAUCAACCAAAAAACCACGGCAUGCCGUGGCUCGAGUUAGUCCAAGAGAACCGGAAGAAGAGAACCGGUUUCCGUAUAGUCGGACCUCAGUAAGGUCCGCUAAGGGGUUAGCGGCGGGAGCAAGAUAAAAUAAUAAAACAAAAGUUCAAAAGAAAAAAGGAAAAGUGAGAGACAGAUAAAAAGAGAAAGAUAUAGUGAGAGAGUGAGAGGUAGGGCCCAAAAGCUUUUGUUUUUUGUCGUGACAAGCUGUCGGUGGGCUCCUUGGGCCCACCUCUCAUCGGUCAAGCUGGCGAGCGCUCUAACCGCUGGUAUGAACCCCCACCACCCGGGCCACCCCGCAGCCUACCCCCACCACUCGUCUUUGUCAAGCAGUCCACACCAUACAGGACCCGGUGGGCCUCACCACGGCUAUGGAGCGAAUGGUGGAGGCGGUGGAGGUGGUGGUGGCGGUGGUGGAGGCACCACAACAACCCCGGACCUCCCGAGUCCACAUUCACCACCCCAUGGAGUUUCCACGGACCCAGCUACUCCCUAUGGCUCAUUACAAGCUGGCCAAGGCAUGGGUGCCAAUGGACAUCAUCAUGGAGCCGGUAGUAUGAUGGCCGACCAUCCGCACCAUCCGGGACAUCCUCAUCCCCAUCUACCAGGUCAUCCUGCUUACCCACCAGUCAAUCACAAUAACAACUGUACGCUUAAGCAAGAAGGCGGUCCAAGUGCACCAACGAGCACUCAGUUAUGCGCGGGUUGUGGCGGUCAGAUAGUCGAAAGAUGGCUGUUACUAGCGAUGGAUCGCUAUUGGCAUAAUGGCUGUUUGAAGUGCACAUAUUGUAAUGCGACCCUAGCAGAAAUCGGCCACUCUUGCUACACCAGAAGCGGCAUGAUUCUCUGUAAGACCGACUACAGAAGAAUAUUUGGCAGUAGUGGUGCCUGUACAGGUUGUGGCAAUCCGAUACCUGCCAAUGAAAUGGUCAUGAGGGCGGGUGGAUCGGUGUUUCAUCUAAAGUGCUUCACCUGCAGCAAAUGUGGUGGACAGCUUGUUUCGGGCGACAGGUACUAUCUAUUGUCCGGUUCACCGGUUUGUGAAACGGACUGGCACAAGAUAUUGAAAUCAUCGAGCGUCGCUGCAGCGACUGCAGCAGCAGCAGCAGCAGGAAACGGUGGUGCACCUGUAAGGAAAGGUAAGGUCGGUCGGCCUCGAAGGAGCCGCGAAUGAGGCGGCAACCCGGUCGGUCGCCCGAAGAAGGUUCAACCCUCUCCACAAGCGACGCCCGUUGUCGUACCAACGCAGGUCGACGUUGCGGACGUUGCCGUAGAAGGGGAUCCCUAUUCGCCGCCUCCGCCGGGUCAUCAGCACUACCAUCAUCAUCAUCACCACCAUCAUCACGAACACCAUCAGAUGAGCCUCGUGCAUCCGGGUCUGGCGGCUCAACAAACGACGCACAUGCAACAACCAUCCUCCGGCAGCUAUCAAGAGUGGCCGCCGUGGGCGCAGGAUCCUUGUGACUGAACAGACCCCUUCGACCUGGUGGUAUUCUGCCAGGCCCGUCUCCAACAUGCGUCUCUCUCUCGGAGAUCACGUCCUCCUCUCUCGUUGUAAGAAAAUGUCGUCAAUAAAAGAUGGCGUGCGUGAUGCGUGUUCGCAUCGGGAGUAGAAUGUGCGUUUUGUAAGACGAUUGAAAAUCAACGUGUACGUAUAUAUACAUAAAUAUAUAUAUAUAUAUAUAUAUACUAUGUUAUGGAUCUUUCGAUCGUCGCAAGUGCGUCGGAAACUAAAUUCUACUGGCCGCUAGUUGCCAUGUUGCUUUUUCGUUCGAUCUCGAAAAAAAGUAGAAACGCCAAACUUUUCGUGCACGCGUGGAGGACGAGUCGCCGUCGAUUUUUCUCUUCGCUCAACCAACACGUCUGCUUUCUUGUCUUCUUUAUUCUGCUCCUUCAAUCGAUGUUCGGCGGUGUACGUGUACGAGUCAAAAGGAUGAUGCUCUUUCCUUUUCGAUCUAAGCUUUCAAGUUAUGUUCCUCCGAGAAAUCGAAACGCACAGAAGAGCAGCAGACGACAGAAAAUUCUCAAAGAAGGGAUGCACGAUGAACGUCAAUAAAGAAACUUGGGCGAUUCAAACGAGCGACCCAUUUCAAAUACCUCGACUCUUAGAAAAUUAUUUUUCUUUCAAAAUUAUCAGUCCUUUCGUCUCGCCGAGCAGCACGUUCCGUAAACUCGUUAAGCGUUCCUUGUUCCCGUGAUCGUUAAUGGUGUCUCUUGCUGCAAGGUGAAACCCCGUACCAACGUUAAGACUCUUAAACGAUUGAAACCGUCAUUUUAAUCUUCCUCGAUGGUUACUACGUUGUCUUGCUUCUCGUCAUUUAUUCUCUCUUUCUCUCUCUUUCUCUCUCUCUCUCUCUCUCUCUCUCUCUGUCUCAUCCUUUCCCCAUCUUUGUUCUGUCCUCCCUUUCUUUCUUUUUUUAUUUCUUUUACUCAUAAUAAUCGAACGGAACUCCAUUCGCGUUACGCGAAUAAAAUUAUUUUCUUUUUUUCUUUUAUUAACGAAGAUUAUCGAUUUAAUUCAUUGAACGAGGAAUGCACGAGUGGUACACACUACAUUCAUAGUGGUUAUAUAAACGCGAAUUUCUCUCAAGAAUCAGAAGUACGUAUCUUCUGCACGUGGUCACAUCGACGACAAGUAGAAACGCUUUCUUUUACAGCCAAUUGCUGCCUUCGAAUAACGGCUGUGAAUGUAGAAAGAUGUAAAUGUAUGGAUCCCCUUUCUUCUCCCGUGAAUGAAUCAUGUCAAAGUCUUGCAUGUAUGUGUGUUUCAGAGUAAGAAAGAAAGAGAGAAAGGAGAAAGAGAGGGAGAGAGAGAGAGAGAGAGAGAAAAAUAAAAAUAAAAAGAUGGGGGUCACGCAUGAAGCAAUUUGAAAUUUGCAUCAGCAUCGAUCUAUGACAUUUUGCGAGCUUUCGUAUAUUUCUUCGAUCACUGACUAUGAGAUACAUUGCGAAAAAAAAAAAACAAAAAGAAAGAAAGAAAGAAAAUAAAUAAAAAAAAAAAUAAGAAAAAAACGAACAUCGUUUUUAUUUUCUAUAGGAGAGACGCGCACAUUUUUGAAACUCGAAUUGAAUUACGAGGCGCAAGAAUAAAAAAAAGGGGGAUGCACGACAUGAAGAAACUGUUUUUGUUUUUUUUGUUUUUUUGUUUUUUUCAAGCGACAGGGUUACGAUCAUCCGCAAUAAAUGUAACAUAAAUGUAUAAUCUUAUAACACGUUGCGAUAUAAUCUAUAAACCGCACGUAGCCAAUGUCGUUUCUCGAAUGUUGGACAGGCUUUUAUCCCUUCCAAUUCUGUUUUACGUGAUGAACAGACGAGGGAGAAGCUAAAAUGCGACACCGAUGACGAGCCAAUUCGAAGCUCUCGAUAUUGAAACUAAAGACACAAGUUUUUGAUGUAAACUGUACCAUAAUGGAAAGGAUAAGAGAAAAUAAAAAAACACCUCGAUCGUUAUACGUUUACUCGUUCCGUUAUUAGCGAACUUUUGUCUCAAGAGCUCUGCGUACUUAAAACAAAAAAUAAA